GUUCGGCUUGUAGUCUUGUCGUUCUAAUCCGCGCGGUGUCCUCUGGGUGGUGAUGAAGCGUGUCCAAGUGUUGUUCUGGCUAGGCCUGCUGGUGGCGGUGGUCAGUGCCAAGACUACCGGCCGAGAAGAGGAUGGUCACGACCAUGACCUGCCUGAGCUGGACUGGUGGGAGGGUGGAGUGUUCUACCAGAUUUAUCCCCGGUCCUUCAAGGACUCAAACGGGGACGGUACCGGAGACAUCAAGGGAAUCCUGGAGAAGCUGGACCACCUGGUGGACUUAGGCGUCACGGGAGUGUGGUUUAGUCCGCUGUUCAAAUCCCCGAUGAAGGACUUUGGAUACGACAUUUCCGACUUUCUCGACGUCGAUCCAACGUUCGGCACGAUGAAGGAUUUGGAAGAUCUGCUGGCGAAGGCGAAGCAGCUGGGAAUCAAGGUGAUCCUAGACUUUGUGCCGAACCACACCAGCGACGAGCACGAGUGGUUCGUCAAGUCCAAGAGUGGAGAUCCAGAAUUUCGGGACUUUUAUGUGUGGAAAGACGGCAAAGCUGGCGGAUUGCCACCUAACAAUUGGCAAUCGGUGUUCCAUACGGAGGCGUGGACCAAGCCGGAAGGUAGCACCCAAUUCUAUCUGCAUCAAUUCGAUAAAGGCCAGCCCGAUCUGAACUACGAAAAUCCCAAGGUAAAGGAGGAAAUGAAGAAGAUGAUCGAGUUCUGGUUUUCAAAGGGUGUUGACGGAUUUCGUAUUGAUGCGAUCAACCACGCGUACGAGGAUGAGCGAUUCUUGGACGAGCCGCUGAUUGAUGAGAAUCGUGAGUUGUUCUACGAGAAUAUGGAUCACAAAUAUACCAUGAAUCAGGACAAAUCGUACUCGCUGAUCUACGACUGGCGUGAGCUGUUCGACAAGUGGUCCGUUGAGACGAAGCAGACCAAGCUGAUGAUGACGGAGGCUUACGCCAACCUGGAGCAGACCAUGCGAUGGUAUGGGGAUGGUACGCGCAAGGGAUCGCACUUCCCGUUCAACUUUGCCAUGAUCAACCGCGUUACGAACAGUUCGGGAGCUGCCCAGCUAAAGGAGGUGAUCGACGAGUGGCUCGACACCAUGCCAAAGGGAGCCAACGCUAACUGGGUGCUGGGAAACCACGAUCGUCCUCGUAUUGCGUCUCGCUUUGGACGUGAACGUGCUGCCAGCUUCGCAGUUCUAGAGCUAACACUGCCGGGAAUCGCAGUUGUUUACUAUGGUGAGGAGAUCGGCAUGGAGGACUACCGAGACAUUUCGUUCGAAGAUACGCAGGAUCCUCAGGCUGCCAACACGAACAAGGAGAUCUACCAGCUGUACUCUCGCGAUCCGGUGAGGACACCCUUCCAGUGGGAUAGCUCAGCUUACGCUGGAUUCACCGCGGCAACCACUGUGAAGACUUGGCUUCCAGUGCACUCAAACUUCAAGGAGCUGAACCUGGCUGCCCAGAAAACCGCUCCCAAGAGUAUCUUCAAGCUGUACCAGCAGCUGAUCAAGCUGCGCAGCGAUCACACCUUCAUGUACGGCGACUUUGAGUCGAAGGCUCUGAUCAACAACGUGUUCGGGUACACACGGAAGCUGGCGGAACACAAGACGUACGCCGUGGUCGUCAACAUGAACUCGGCCGAUGUGCAGCUGAACAUGAAGAACCUGGAGAAGGACACCCAGAAGCUGAAGGUCGUGGUCAGCACGCCGGAAUCCAAGUUUGAGGAGAACCAGGAGAUUACCGACGUGGAGAACAUGGUUCUGGAGAGUUUCGAUGCGGUCGUGUUCGAGGUAGUCACGGCUGGCAGCUCGGCACUUGUUGGAUCGGUGCUUUUGCUGCUGGGAGCCGUGUUGCGAGCAUUGAUGUAGGUGGCUUUGUGUUAUUUAUUUUGAAGAAGAUGUAGAGUAAAACUAUUUUUUAAGUUAG